AUGCAGACCAGACACCGCAUGAUCAUUUAUGUGCCAGCUGCUCCACGGCAGAGCCUUCUGUCCAUGCCCUUCAUAUCCAGCUGGGAAAGGCCGGACCUGGUUACGAUAGAAGAAAAAUAUUCAGGCUCUGUGCAGUAUGCCAGCUUUGUUUUAUCCGUGAUCAUUUGUGUAGUCGGACUUAUUGGCAACGUGGUUGUUCUUGGUGUCACUGGUUUCAUAAUGAAGAAACGUCAAUCUAGAAUCUGGUUCCUCAACCUUGCGGUAGCUGAUCUGGUGUUCCUCCUCUCCCUAAAUAUUGAUCGCGCUCUGGCUAUCGCAAAACCAAUAUGGCAUCACAAGUCCUUUUCUCCAAAGGCCCGUCGUAGAAUCUGCGCCAUCAUUUGGUCAGUAACUGUUUUGUCCAGUAUCCCUGCCAUAUUUUUAGGUGGAGAGGUUGAAACUAAGGGUAAAACCGAAUGCAGCUUGUUCAAUAUUGGGAAAGUCAAUCUUGAUACAAGCGCCAUUGCGCUUAAAUCUCUGGACAUGGGCACCAUUAACACAUUUUCACGCUACGUAGAACAGUUGCCAGAGUCCUUCUACCGAGUAGGAACUAGCCGCUACCGUAUGAGACGGGAUCGAUCUACUGGAAAACGGAUAGAACCGGAACUUAACGUGUGCAUCGCAGAAAUCCAUCCGACCAGAGUUGGCAGCAUCGUUGAGAAAGUGGUACCUCGCUCAUAUAGUUCCGGCCGGACGCUGGAGCUUGGCGUACACCGUUCCGCUCAGUGA